CUCACCGCACCCCUCGUUACCACACACACACACCACACAGCAAUGCACGACCCGUUCCCACUCCCGCGGCCAGAUGGCCUGCUGCCCUACGUGCAACCCGUUGCCGACUUCCUCGCGCUCAAGACACUACCACUGCACUUCCACGAGGUCAUGGUGGCUUUCACCCUCUAUCAUGUAACCAACCGCUUAGUCUCCCCCGCCUUGUCACGCUUCCUCUUCCCGCGGAUGUACCCCUCGUUCAACGCGCGCACCAAGCUGAACUGGGACGUCCAUGUUGUCUCGUUUGUGCAGAGCGUGCUGGUAUGCAGUCUUGCGUUUUGGGUCAUAUGGUGCGACCGUGAGCGGAAUGAGAUGGAUAUAAAGGAACGAGUGCAUGGCUAUACGGGCGCCUCGGGGUUGAUCCAGGCGUUUGCUGGAGGCUACUUCCUGUGGGACUUGGUCAUUACAGUGCGGCAUGUGCAUAUCUUUGGGAUUGGGAUGCUGCUCCAUGCUAUCUCGGCGCUUUGCGUGUUCUCGCUGGGUUUUCGACCCUUUGUCAACUAUUACGCCUCCACCUUCAUCCUCUACGAGCUCUCCUCACCUUUUCUCAAUAUCCACUGGUUCUGCGAUAAGCUCAACAUGACCGGUACAACCCUACAGCUCGUCAACGGCAUCGUCCUGCUCUUCACCUUCUUCUCCUGCCGUAUCGUUUGGGGAACAUAUCAGUCCGUCCACGUCUUCCGUGACGUAUACCGCGCCUACACCGCUGGCGCAGUUACGCUCUCGGACCCUGUGUAUGGAAAGCUAAACAACAGCACCGUCGUCGGCAAUGCAGGCUUUAAACAUGACAUCCUGCAAUUCGCCGAAGGCCAAACAGUCCCGCUAUGGCUCGCAGGCAUAUACUUGGCAUCGAACCUCACCCUCAACGGCCUCAAUUGGUAUUGGUUCGGCAAGAUGAUCGAAACGCUGCGCAAGCGAUUUGAUCCACCUUUCGGUACGAAAAGUCCCGAGGGCAAGGAACCUUUACUCGUCCCCGAAGACGAAAAGGUCCUAGUUGAGGGUACACAUGUUUCAACUCCUGCAGCUAUCGAGAAAGACACUGAAAAUUACUUCAACACAGACGCGGACACGGUGAAGCUGGAGAAGCGCGUGAAUGGGACGCACUUGGAGGUCAAGCAGAGUGAGGUCAGAAGUCGGACGAGUACACGGAGAAAGGGGUGAUAAGAAUGGGAUGCGGGAGAAUGAUGAUAAUCGACUUUGGGCAGCAUAUAGUACCACAUGGAGUGUGUAUAGUAACGUAAAUAAUAUAGAAGUGUCUCCUUAUUUCAUUUCGAUUCUUGCGGAAAGAAUCAUCCUACGGAAAUUAAGCCUCUAUAUGCGGAAUAAGUGGGUUACUAGGCUGUACAUAUUCUAAAUGCCCUUUCAACCGUACUAAAUAGUGAACCGUAUCUGAGCUGAGGGUGAAACACGUGAGGGGGACGAUGAGUCAGUCGCCGG